CUCUUAUCAAUUUUUCGGAUUUGAAUUUCUGAUUUUGAAAAAAUGAGCGUAUAAAGAAUUAAAGAAAGUUAUUUCUGUAGGAAAAAUUUAUCUGCAGCAGUUCAUAGUAUCUCACAUCAUGAAACCCAGUAUUCCGAAAAAUAAAACCAAUAAUAAUACCAACUCCAUUCCAUCUCCGGUCCACAGCCAGACAGAAAGCAAACGUUUGUACAAACAGAUUUAUAGAAAAGAUUGGGAAAAAGUUCAGUUAUUUAAAGAUUGGCUGUCACCCGUAGCCCGCGAUAAAUUCAAAGCCAAAUGCAUCGCUUGUAAUAGAGAGAUGCUAGCUCAUCGGCUCUCUCUUCUGAAACACGCCAGCUCAGCCAAGCAUUUGAAAAAGUAUGAUUUGUUUUGUAAUCCUGCUGCCAAAAAGAUCCAAUCGAACAAUUCAGUAACUGAAGAAAGGAACAAUGUGAUAGAAACCGAAGCCAGAGAGCUUAUUACAAAAGAGACCUCUCAGGAUGAUGGCAACAAUGCUGUGAAUAUUUUCCAAAAUUUAGUGGAUCUGACUGAUGACGAAGCUCAACUACCUCAACUGACAGCCCAAGACGUAGCAACGACUACAAUAAGCUUAGAAACUGGAGUAUCCGAAAUACUUCCAGGUAUGCCCGUUACUCCUCAAGCAAUCAGUUUCAACCCAGGAUACGUUACGAAAAACAAUACUCCUCAAACGAUCGUAUGCACCGCUACUCUCAUUAAUAAUAAAACAAUCGAACCGGUGACUCCCAGCGUUGCUAAUAAAACCACGUGUCCUUUGCAAGUUUCCACUCGCGUUACCGAUUAUUCCCGCGGAAUAUCUGUUGCGAAUUUGACUGUAACAUUGUACAUGUUGACUGGAGGCAGAUGGGAAUCGAUGGGUCAAAGUGUCACUAAUGAUGUAGGCAGGUGUGAUUUGUAUCACAAGAACGGAAUUUGUUUUUCGAUUGGAUUGUACAAGUUGCAUUACGAUGUUGGCGCGUAUUUCGAACAGCAGAAUUUGGAAUCGUAUUUCCCCUUUAUUGAGAUUAGUUUUCAAAUCAAGGGUCUUCGCGAAACGCAUCACGUUCCGUUGAUGAUUUCGCCCAAUGGAUAUACUGCUUAUAGAAGCAUGGAUCAGUGAUUUAAUUCGGAUCGAGAAUAAAACUGGUUUGAAAACUUCCAGUUCUUGACUGAGCCUGAAUACUGCGUUUCUAAUCAUCUAAUCUAACAUCUUAUGUGCUCUAAUUCGUCCUGUUUUCUUUUUAUUACGUAAGAUUUUCUACAAAUAUUAUGAUUGUGAUUUUUAUUUGUUCCAUGUUUAUUGUUUGUUAUUUUUGUAGUUUUUUAAAAACUUUU